UUCUGGCGAUCUUUGGCACGUCUUCAACGAACUUUUAUAAUUCUUACCACAUUUGUAUCGAUUGUUUUUCUUAUAUUUAUUUUUGGUGGUUGGGAGGCAGCGGAAACAGUGCAUCAUGAGAAUAAGAAUGUUAUAACAAAAUUUUUUUUCCUUCAUAAACAUUGCACUUUAGGGCCGCAAAAUGUACGACAAAAAGCAGUUGUUGCUGCAUUCAAACAUGCGUGGAAAGGUUAUAAAACCUACGCUUGGGGCCAUGAUUCGCUACGGCCAAUAACAAAAAGAUAUUCAGAGUGGAUAAAUAUGGGUUUAACGAUUGUUGACUCUCUCGAUACAAUGAUUAUCAUGGGUUUGGAUGAUGAAUUCGAAGAGGCUCGAGAUUGGGUAGCUGAAUCUCUAAAGUUUAAUCGAAAUAUUUUUGUCAGUUUUUUUGAAACGACGAUACGAAUUCUUGGCGGACUUCUUAGCGCUUUUCAUCUUAGUGGUGAUAAAAUUUUCAUGCAUCGAGCAGUGGAAUUAGGAAAUCGUUUAAUAUCUGCUUUCAAUACUUCAUCUUUUAUUCCUUAUAGCGAUGUUAAUUUGUUUGGUAGACAACCUUCAUGGAAUGGCGAUAGUUCUUUAUCAGAAAUUGCCUCUGUGCAGUUGGAAUUCCGUGACUUAUCACGAAUUAUCAAUAAUUCAACAUUCGAAGAGAUUUCUUUUCGGACAUCUCAACAUAUUCACAAUCUUGGAUGCAUUGAACAUGAUGGAUUAUGUGGAAUGUUUAUCAGUCCGAAUACAGGGGAGUUUCGAGAACCCACGACCAUAACCAUUGGUGCGCGAGCAGAUAGUUAUUAUGAAUAUUUGCUGAAACAGUGGCUGCAGACUGGAAAAACAAUCGACUGGUUGAGAGACGAUUACAAUAAAACGAUCGCUGCAAUGGAAAAGUUAUUGCUUCGAUAUUCAAAGCCAAAUGAUUUUGCUUAUUUCGGGGAAAUUCUUCCUGGCAACGUUUUCUCGCCGAAAAUGGAUCAUUUGGCUUGUUUCAUUGCCGGAACACUUGCAUUGGGUGCAAUGAAUGGUAUGCCAGAUUCUCAUUUGGAGUUGGCUCGUAAGAUCGGUUCCACUUGCAAGCGAAUGUACCAAACUGCAACUGGUCUGGGACCAGAGAUUGUAUAUUUUAAUGAAAUACCCGGACAUACUGAAGAUAUUCGCAUUAAGCCGCUUGAUGCACAUUCUCUUUUACGCCCUGAGGCUAUCGAGGCUUGGUUCUAUUUGUAUCGCGCCACAAAUGAUAAAAUAUAUCAGACAUGGGGUUGGGAAGCAUUUUUGGCUAUUGAAAGUUACGCAAAGGUGAAUAAUGGAUAUUCUUCAGUUCACAGUGUGAAGCACGUCCCUGUUACACAUAGAGAUAUGAUGGAAUCAUUUUUUCUUGCUGAAACUUUAAAAUAUUUGUACCUUCUUUUUGCUGAUGAACAAAAUGAAAUACCAUUGGAUAAAUUUGUCUUCAAUACUGAAGCACAUCCGUUACCGAUUUAUGAUCAUUAA